AUUUUAGCACAGACUUGAACCAUUUUUAUCGGCAGUGACGCAAAAUCGAUGUGAUUUUAGUUCAUAUUCUUGCCAAAAUUAAUGUGAGUCGUUAGUGCGCCGGGAAAUGGAGCAUUAGAGACCGGGAUAUCCAAUCUCAGGUUCCUUUCUGCCUAUACUCAAUGGACAGCACUGCUGUACUUCUAACCUCUUAUACGUUGUUGUCUUUCCAUUUAUUAUCCGAAUAGAAAAUCUGUAUAAUUUAGAAAUGACAGAAAAAGCUACUGAAAUUAAUUGCAUACUACGACCAAUAAAUUGCGAAAUUAAUUUACUAUCAAGAUCUGAUGGCUCUACAAUGUUUAUGCAAGGUGAUACUACAAUUAUUGUAGGUGUAAAUGGGCCUUUAGAGACAAGAAGCCAAAAAAUGGCAUAUGACAGAGCUUCUAUUGAAGUUACUUAUACGCCUCUUAAAGGGCCAGCCAAGAUAGAUGAUAGAUUAAUUGAAACAUAUAUAAAAGAGACAUGUGAAUCUGCUAUAUUAGUUUCAUUUCACCCUAAUACAAUGGUGUGUAUUAAUUUGCAAGAGAUGCAAGAUUCUGGUGGACUACUAGCAUGUGCUAUUAAUGCUUCAUGUUUAGCGCUAAUUAAUUCAGGACUUUCCUUGAAAUUCACUAUUGCAGCUGUAAGUUGCAUGAUAGAAAAAGAAACAGGACAAGUAAUCAUAGAUCCUGACAGUUCACAAUUACAAAAUGCAAAGGCAGAAUUUACAUAUGCAUUUGACAGUAUUAACAAGGAUCUUGUAUGCUGUCAUAGCGUUGGCCGUUUCUCUCAAAGUGAGUUCUUAGCUUCCGUGGAUAAGUGUAGACAAGUCAGUAAAUAUGUGUUUGAUUAUUAUAGAGAAGUAACAAAAAAGUAUGCAAAUAUUGUAUAACAUUGUAAUAUAUUUUGUUCUCAAAUAAACAUACUUUUUUACUUAC